GAGUGGUAGUGCUACGUAGUCCCAGGUGUGCCACGUGUCAAAUUUCGAAAUAAUCUCUAUUACGUUCUCUAGUUCCGUAACGCCGCCUUUUCUCAAAAACGCAAAAAAUCAAAUCAUACACAGGAUAAGUGUAGUGUUUACGUUUAGGGUCGUAAUUAUCUAAUCAGCAAGUCCAGACAGGAUGUGCCCGGCGCGAGGCGAGUUGACGUAAGGUGACGCAUUUGCGAACUGACGGAAAAACGGAAGGGACCAGUUGCACGAGUGAUCGUAGCGCUUGAAGAUACAACGGCUAGUACAAUAUAUUCACAACCUCGAGUGAUGCUGCCGUGUCUCGUACACUCGGAUCCCGAUCCGCAGAGAAUGGCAGGCGAAUGUGACAGCGCAACAUCGCUGGGAGAUCAUAGCAGGCAUACCCGUAGUUCAGGCGCAGGAGCAUCAUCUCGCACACGGAAAAGGCAUCAGAGAGAGGAGGCCAGAACACGACUUGGCAGCUUAGGCCGCAGGCUUAGUAGUCGUUCCAGAAGCACUAGAACGAGUACUACUAAGGCGAAUAGUAGCAGUCGAAGUACUAGGCGACUCGCUGUCGAGUUACUACCAAGUAGUACAUUGCCAGUCAGAGAACGACAGCUGUCUGACAAGAUGGUCUUACAGGGAAACGAGCGCUCUAGGACGUCAAGAAGAAGAAGCCGCUACAACAAUCGUCGCCUGUCGAAGUGGGCAGCGGCUAUCUAUUCUUCAGCUGUCGCCGUUCAGUUAAGCUCGUGUACUGCAGCAAAAGUAUUCUCGAUAUUCUACUUGGUUGCGGAGGCGGAUUUUUUUUUUUGAAAAGACGCACUCGUCCUGAGUAGAAAGACCUUCAUGGAAGGUACUUACUAGGAUACAGCCGAAAAUAUCUGCAUCCACAGAUCAUACUGCAUCCACAGUGGAUCCUGCUGUUCUAAUUCAGGCAGUGACAUAGGUAGGAUACUGCAUCUACAGUAGAUACUACUGUUCUAAUUCAGGCAGUGACAUGGUAUCCAGGAUUGCCACCGACGACAUCGCAAGUCCGACAGCCAGAAAACUUGUACGCGCAAUCGCAGCAAAUGCUCAUGCAAACAGCAAUGUUUCAGCACGCGAACCGUAUGUUUCAGCCCACAACCGUCGCUGCGGCCGCAACGACUGCAGCUGCUGUUUUUAUGGCUUGUUGAGUACACUUCGCAAUCCAUACAUCGUCGGAGAAACAUUCUGAGUCUCCCAUUUCGAGAAGCAUCUUCCAUCCUGAGACCUUUUUUUAGAAGUGGGGGAAAAAGGUACUAGUUUGAGGAUGCAUACUUUCAAGAUCGAUUCAUUUGAAUGGAAUGUCUAACUCUCCAGGAUCGACUGCGACCCCAGCAGGCACAACUACGGGGGCAGCCAUGACCGGAACCGCCACUACUGCUGCAGCUGCGACAUCCCAAGCGCCUGCAUCAUCCCAAGCGCCUGCAUCAGCGGCGUCCUUUAAUUCAGCACCAAUGAUUUUGUCGACGUACAAGAACUACGGGGCAGCAACAACCUGCUUUUAAGGCACGAACAUGACACACACAAGCCAACUUGUUCUCACCUGGUGAAGAUGUUAAUCGAACACGCAGAAGGAAGCGAAGAUGAACAAGUGGGAAUGUGGUAGAGUCUUCCACCGCUCUUAGGAUUUCCGAAUAUAAUUGUACAAAGAGGAGUUCAAGUUCUUCUAAUAAUCAGGUUCUGGCGCUCAGGCAGUCGGCAGUGCGGAGGAAUGCGACGCAGCUGCUGUGGUCUUAGGUUUAGAUCGGAGAGUCGGAACAGUCAGACUGGUACUAACUACUUUUUCCAAAGUUAUAGUCUCUAGUGGGAACAGUCAAACUGGUGUAGGCUUUUAUUUCUUAAAUAUUAUACAUUGUUGUUACGUGGUUCGUCAAUGAAUGAAAAAUGAAUGUCAAUGUUGUUUAAUGUCUACUCCUGUCUGACUGUUCUUGUAGUAGAAGAUGGAGUUCAUUGUUGGCUUGCAAAAAUAUUCGAAAACGAACAUUUGAAUCACAGGUGCGCUCAGCAGAAUUGCCAGCUGGAUGCAGCUAUAGUAGCAGUGAUAGAGCUGUCCUAUUCAAUGGUGACAUGACUGACGCCAAGCAUCAGCUCUACAGUGCAGUGUGCAAAACAAAGGCGCCUUUUGGAGGUACUCUCUUCACUCUGAUAAGUACCUAACUUGUUGUCUUUACAUGAAAGUCUAAGAUGGAACAGGAAAAGAGUAGCACGUUGCCCGUGUUAAAAAAGCAGUGGUGGAGAAGAAAAAAAGAACUUCAACUUCGUCUAAAAAUCUAAUCUCCACCACCCCUACGCCUUGACAGCAACGCCGGAACCUGGAAACGAUGCAUGCGAAGCUGAUGGCACGAGCAUUCUAUUGAAUUUGCAGAAUAGUUCGGCGUCUUUCGGCACCAAGAGGUGCAAAUUCGGUCUAGUCCGCAAGCUCCCCUACUGCCGAAAAAUGCUUUUCGACUAUGGCGUGCCUGUCGGUAUUUCCCCGCCGCCUCCAGAGGCUACGGAUUUUGAGGGGUAUUUUCAGCAGAACCUCUUAACGCAGGACAUGGAAGGCCUGCUUUUCGAGUAUAUGCAGACUCUUGUGGCCAAUAAAACUCUGCCAGCGACUGAUAGUAUUGUUAUGAAGAACUACGCUUUCUUGUCCGAUAAAAAAACCACAGUACUUCAAUGCCCAGCAAAUAAUAUUAUUAAACACGCGAUCUUUUCCUUGAUCAUGUUACAAUGAACAAACUGUUGUUGUUCAUCGAUCUUGGUCUUACCACUACGUGGAAAAGCGAACUGAACUAGCCUUCGGACUCUCGAUGGUUCACUUAGAAGAACUGCUGAAAUCUCACCUGGUCGUGUGCUCUAAUCUGACUUGGUACAACGCACGCAUCCUCGCUGCCAGGGAGGUCUAUUCGGAGUCGUGCAUGAACGUGACUGGAGGCACGAGCGAGAUGGGCGUACUUGAGUUUUUAUUUGGUGUAAAUAGCUCUGAUGCUCUUCCUCUCACUUCAUUUUUCUAGGAAAGUUUGUUCACUCAACAGUACUGUUUGCAUGGUGAAGUUCGUUGUACGUGUCACUAAGAUUCUGUUUGCAUGUUGAAGCUCGCUCUGCUGCCUCAAGUAGUGCAUACUGUGUAAAUAGGUUUUUUUAGCCGAGAUCAAUUGUACUUAUGUUCGGUAGUCUGAAGAUGUCAUCAUCUACUUGCAUCAUCACAGCAAGACUGGGUCCGCCUGUCGUUGUCGAAAUUGCACCUCUUAGUGCGGAAAAUCGGCCUACGCGAGGGAUGUCAAAAUGCACCUGCUACCAAGUUGACAGCUGCGCGUGAAGAUGCUUGCCGCAUGAUGUACAGUCAAGCACCGCUGUUGAAGUACAACCUGUUUUAUGGUCAGGAGGUUUUUAGAGUCACAUUCAUUUUCAUGGUCUAUCUGCGAAGCAUAGUCCGUCGCGGUGCUAUCGCCCUACUUCAAAUUAUCUAUAUGGUCGAAAUUAUACAAUCGAAAACAAUCUACGGCGAUCAAGGAACAACCUAAGAAGAACACGGCCCUCAUCCUCUAACUCUCUGCCAACACGUGUCUGAGCUGUCUCUAUCGAGAGAGCGACGAGGUACCAGCAAGGGCUCACACGCUUAUCAGGCGAACGCCAGCGGAUCAAAGCGAUUGCGCGACUAACCCUUUUGUAGAUGCGAAGAGACUGCAAACAUGCGAAACUAGUCCACAAGACUGCUAUAAGGUAGUAAUAGAUGCAAAUCUUGGCGUAUCAAAUUGGUCUACGAAUUACGUGUGAUAUUGAUACGGAAGUGGUUGUAAAAACUUUCGAUGAUAUUUAUCCUGUAGUACACAGAGCUAUACGUAUGGGUUUAGACACCUAGUAGAAGCUCAGAUGAGAAUUUCAAAUUGUCCAUAGCCACAUCAGUGCUUAAUCCACACUGCGUACUCCAAAAAUAUAAGGUACGUGAAGGGGAAAGCGUGGAGGAUGUAUGCUACAAUUUUGCGCAAGGAAAUCCGAGUACGAAGGCACCUGGUGAUGGUGGAAAGCCAGCUCCUUUUAAGCAGCGAGCUACGAUUCUCAUGCGUCUCCGCUUCAGUCGUGGCGAUGCGCGCGUUAUCGAAACAAAGAGUAUAACGAUAGAUGAUACACACAGACCAUCUAUUUGUGGAAAGAGAAUAAGUAAGAGGAUGUAAUAGAAGAACGAGCAUGAGUAUCGGUGGAAUGUGUAUUGGGCUGGUGAGAUAAUCAAGAUAUUUCUUCUAUUUGAUUUUAUGCAGCUCCUGCAUUAUUUUGCUGGUGAGAUAGUGGUAAGAAUUUCUUUGCGUAAUUGUACCUCCACAACUUUACCUCGUGUUUACAGAAACAUUGAUGGACGCAUUUGCGAGGGGAAUGUCGGACGGAUUAUCUGACGCUGGCUUUUUUGCACGCAGUCGAUUGUACAUCGAUAAUUUUGUCUCACUGCCUGGUGGAAGACUUUUCAAUUAUGUCAAAGCUUGCAUCAGAAUUUAAAUUUGAAUUAAAGUUGAUAAAAUCAGAAUUUUUUGGAUAAGCAGGAUUUUCAAGUUGAAUUUCAAUUCUUAGAAGCAGCUGCCUUCAAGUGGCAUGUCAAGGCUUCCAUCAGGAUUUAAAUUUGAAUUAAUGUUGAUAAAAUCAAUUUUUUUGGAUAUUCACAAGAUUUUUGAUUUCAAAUUUGAUGAAUUGAUUCCUUAUCAUUAUUCUACUACUUAGGCAAAUUUUUAUCAUCUUUCCACGACAUCACAUUCGCAUGGUCCUCUCUGACCUCUUACUCGUUCUAAUAUCGUUUUGCAGAAACCUCAGUCUUACCUGUGAGUGCUCCACCGGGUGCUCAGGCCCAGCUAUUCACGGAUGUGACAUUCGUGGUGCAGCUCGACGACUACCUGACAGAAGGACUACGAUCCAAAUUGAACGAACAGGAUGAUAUGGUAUUUAUUAUGCAUACUCUUAUCUGUCCGCACCAACUUUUCACGCUUUGAAUCUUUCUACUCUUAAUAUAGGCUUUUAAUUAUGUAGAAGGUCUGAACGACCGUAAAGAUGGAUCACUGAAAUUUCAUGCAAUCACGUUCUUUAAACGACUUAGGUGGUUCCCAAUACCGAUUAUGUCUCUAGUGGAUUGCGAAAAAACCUCGUGCGUGAAAUAAACAGGCGAUUCAUGGAAGCUGAGGGUCCUUCCACGUCUGUCCUACUCGACGAAAGCAGUGGGGUACUGAAUUCUACAUGUUGAUCAUCGAAACGAAUGGCAAUUACGUAUAAAAAAACCAUCAAUCUUGUUCGACAUCUCCAGUCUUGUGGUGACUAUUGAAGCUUCUUUUCCAAUCCCUCGAUGUCAAUCGUAUUCUCUCGUCGUUAGCGCGUAGAUUCCUGUUCGUGUUUCUACUUCUUUUUUUUUUGAAUUUUAUGUGUUGAAGAAGAAUUUCAGGCGCUUUCUUGCAAGCUGCAUGAGAAAACCGCGAUUCGUUUUAUAUUAUAAGGUACGAAGGCAAGCGUAAAUAUUUAGUUGACUUCUCAGAUGGAUAUAAAUUUUGCGGCUUACAGUUAUCAGAGAACGCUUUUAUAAUUUCGAGAGAUCGCAAGAAGAAGCAGGAGAAGUCGCAUUUUUUCCAUCAGAUUGAUACUUGACCUGUUGGCUUAUCUUGCUGACCAUUCAGAGAUCGCAGGAGGGUUCGAGGUCCUCAGUGGGAUCAAGCUUUCAGAGUCGGGGAAAUUCAUAACUGAUUUUGUCCUGUCGAACGUGCAAUCCGAGAGAGGCCUCGUCUCUCUUCCGAGGGAACGUCCCCCCCCGCAUAACAGAUUCCGCAUCUAGUUUUCGCAACUUAGUUUUUACAACUUGUAGCAUACUUCUCCAACUGAUCUCGCAUCUUGUUUUCGCAACUUCUUACCGUUGUACUUAGCUUAACUUUCACGCUGUAUCUGUAUGUUAGCCUUAGCUCUCUGGCUCGUCUCUGUCUGCUUAAAUUUACUUUAUCUUUUCUGUGAGCUUUCCUUCCUGAUUAAGUGCGAUUACACUGCUGGCAUGUAUUGACUUAGUCUAGCUCUUACACUCUUGUGCUGUCUUUUUCUUUGCGUCUGUGAAAUGCGUGCUUUCUUUGCGCCCACCCCAGCUGGUGCGUCGAACGAUUCGAAAAAUUUGUAAGUUGUAAGUAAGGUGAUUCGUAUCUACUUACAGUGAGUCUACUUUGCUAGUACUACGAUCAUCAUUUCCAGCACAGACUGAAUUAUGAGUAUUGUCUCAUCGCACUCCAGGUCGAAUUCGCUACUUAUUCCGGAUUUCUCACGAGCCAGCAACAGCGAGGGCGAAAUCCAUCAACCAGCACCUGCCGAAAGGAGGAUGCUCUGGCGAAGUGCGCUAUGUGGCAAUUCUGCAAUCAGCCUUAAGGCAACCAACCUUAGUUCACAUUGGGUCAGAGCACGGGUGUUUUUCAGCGGACGAUAAUAGGUGAACGAUGCGUCCUCUUUGAACGUGCCCACUAUAGUUCUUUUUUUUAAUAGUGAGAUUUCUUGCUUUUUAUGUAAUUUUGUUUCCUAGUUAGACGUGCUCCACCAGUAUUAAUAGAAGAAAGAUGCAUCCCCUUAAGAUAGGAAAGCAGGUCCACUCUAAGAGCCGGACCCCAGUGACGUUGGUAUCUGUGAGGCUUGUCCUUUGGGGAAGUUUCGAACAGCCUCCGAUCCAACGGAAUGCAUCAGCAGGAGUACAUCUAACUUCUUUAAUGUUGCUUCUUGGUUCGUUCAUCUCGGGUAUAAUAUUCUACAUUUAGUAUUAAAUUGAUGAUGAAUUCGAAUAUAAAUUGUUAUUGAUGAACAUAAACUAGUGGGUGCACAUAGCGCGAGAACCGAGCACUUCUCUGAGGCACGCACUGGCUUCGGCCGCCAUAGAUGAGAAGACCUCCAGGGCAGAAGGACGAAAGCGCGGCGCCUAAAAUAGACGGAUCCUAAUAUAAACGUGGCCACUAGAAUUUUAUUAGAUAUUUGGAAUACCUGACUUUUUUGAAUUUUUGUUUGCUAGUUAGGAGUGCUCCACCGAUGUCAUUGAUGAACAUAAACAUCUAUUGUAGGGUAUAUUCUUCCAAAAUUCAUACGUUCAUCUCGGGUAUAUUCUACAUAAAUUGAUGAUGAACAUGUUCUAUCAAGAAUUAUAAGGAGAACAUGAACAUGUUCUAUCGAGAAUUAUAACGAGAACUUGUGUUCUAGUAAGUAUCCUCUUCACGACCGUACAUCACAGCGUGCACGAAAAAUGACGAUUGUCCGGCAGAAGCGCAGGUCUGCAACUUGAUGCAGGGAACACCGGGAGUUUGCUUCAAUCCCGCUGGCAUAUCCCAAGGAAGCACCUGCACAAACAACAACUGGCGCUCGCAGUGUGGUGCUACGGAACUCUGCAUCAACUCCAACUGCGUCGCGAAAUGCGUGUUGCCUGGACAGGUAUCAUAACUCGAAUUCCCAAGAAGUACAAUAUUCUACUUAGAUGAAGACAUCAAUAUUUAUUAAAUAUGAUCACUCGUGCCCCAUACUAACUCGUAAUCUUACAACAGCCAGAUGAAGACAAUAUGUUGAUCUUCAAGGUCCUCCUCAUCUUCUUACCUCAAUACAUCGAAUACGACACUCUUUGUGUUAUCCCAUCGUCCGGAUUUCAGAUAGCAAGAAUGAAAUAUUUAUGAACGUUAUUUUUACUUCAUGCAACAAUAUUACUCCAUGGACCAGAUCCGUUCCUCUGACGGUAGUCGUUGCGUGUGUCGACAAGGGUGGGGACCUGCCGCCGGUGGCAUGGGCUGUGUUCAGGGUGCUGCGGGAAGUGGCGGGGCAUUAAGGCUUGCUUACCCUAGUUGUAUAGUCGAACUUGUGAAACAUCUCUGUAAAAAACUGACACAUGGAUGAGGGGAAAACAGGAGGUCUAAAAUUGCUUGGGAAUUUGAGUAACAUGUUCUUCUAAGAGUUGUCCUGCUAGCGCAACAUCAAGACGUUGUCACACGUCGCGGCGCGCCACAACUGUCCUAUGCGGACAACGUUGCGCCGGAAUUCCACGUUUUUCAAGACGGGCCAGGCCGUAGCAAAUUUGACGACGACGGGAUGACAUUGCUGCAGCUGGCUCCACACUUAUGAGAAGGCAAAUAAAUGACUUUGGAUGUUGGCUGUCAGUUCGUUCGUCUUUUUGUGACUCUCAACAGAGAAUGAUAAGUAAAAAUGACAUUUUACUCAUACUACCACUAGGACGGAAGACGAGAGGACAUCGUCGUUACCAGACAUCGGAGAAUACAUUUACAACUUACAAGGAGCAACUUGUCCUCCUUCAGCUUUCUUUUUCUCUCUGUUUCCCUUAGCCUUCAUAAUAUCCUUCCGAACAACUACAAAGCGCGAUGGAGUCGGGAAACUACGGUGGAGACUAUCUAGAUGGGGGACUUGAUUUUGCAGCCGCGCAAGGGAUGCCUAUGUAA